AUGAAAUUUAUUUAUGUUUUUUGUUAUUGUCUUUGCUUGAAAAACAAUAACGAUGGCUCUGAUAAAACAUGUGAUAACCCUGUGGAAACUGCUAAGGUUUGGUUGGGGAGAGCUGGUUUUACGGUCUCUGUUGUUGAGGCGCUGUCGAAGUUCGCAACAGCCCCCAAUGCCAUGAAGCAUCAUGGACAGAACUUUGAUGCGCAUGAGGAGCUUAAGGAUCUUGCAACUAGCUUUGAGGAUAAGAGGGACGAGGAAGAGAAGAAAACUUUGGUGCAUGAUAUCAAUGACAUGAUCAAUGAAUUGAUGACUUUGAAGUCGCUAUUAGAGAAGAAGAAGAAAAUGCUUGCCGAGAAAGCAAGAUUGAGAAGAGUAGGACCAACAAUGAGUAGAAUGGAUGAAGUGACAGUGAGAACAAUGCAAGUGGAAGUGAUGAUGAUGAUAGCGAUGCACUUGAUUGAAGAUUCCAUGCUUAGACUUUUGGAUCAAUCUGGGAACAAGUUGCUACUGGGUGAUUGGAUUAAUCUGGGAACUGCUGUUAGGAAGAAUAGGCAGUGCAUAAAACUUGUCACUUUUUACAUCGUACAUACCUACUUCGAACAUAUGGGAAGUAGUGUUGAUCCUGAUUGGACUAAAUGCCGAAUUGUUAUGAAAUUUAUUUAUGUUUUUUGUUAUUGGCUUUGCUUGAAAAACAAUAACGAUGGCUCUGAUAAAACAUGUGAUAACCCUGUGGAAACUGCUAAGGUUUGGUUGGGGAGAGCUGGUUUUACGGUCUCUGUUGUUGAGGCGCUGUCGAAGUUCGCAACAGCCCCUAAUGCCAUGAAGCAUCAUGGACAGAACUUUGAUGCGCAUGAGGAGCUUAAGGAUCUUGCAACUAGCUUUGAGGAUAAGAGGGACGAGGAAGAGAAGAAAGCUUUGGCACAUGAUAUCAAUGACAUGAUCAAUGAAUUGAUGACUUUGAAGUCGCUAUUAGAGAAGAAGAAGAAAAUUCUUGCCGAGAAAGCAAGAUUGAGAAGAGUAGGACCAACAAUGAGUAGAAUGGAUGAAGUGACAGUGAGAACAAUGCAAGUGGAAGUGAUGAUGAUGAUAGCGAUGGUACUGGAGUUGUAA